ACACUCACACACACACACACACACACACACUCACACACACAGACUCACCUCGCCGCGCUCACCUGCUCACCAACCUGCUCACACGGACUGACCUCCAAACUUCGCCAAGAUGUGUGACCAGACGUUUGUGGCCAUCACCUUUGGCCCCUGCGACAGCUGCAGCCAGAAUAAGCCUCUGAUGAACAUCUACCUGCAGAAUGAACCCGUCAACUACUGCUCACUGUGUGUGGAGCUGAUGGCGUGCCAGGGUCUGGCGAAGGGUGAGACUGUGUCCACUCUGCGCGCGGAGUCAGAAAACCUGAAGGCCAAGCUGGAGGAGGAGCGAGCCAAGCUGCACGAUGUGGAGCUGCAUCAGGUGGCGGAGAAGGUGGAGACUCUGGGUCAGUUUGUGAUAAAAACCCGCAGGACGCUGAAGGGACACGGUAAUAAAGUGCUGUGUAUGGACUGGUGCAGAGACAAGAGGAGGAUGGUGAGCUCCUCUCAGGAUGGCAAGGUCAUCGUUUGGGAUGCCUACACAACGAACAAGGAGCAUGCGGUCACUAUGCCGUGUACGUGGGUGAUGGCGUGCGCCUAUGCGCCGUCCGGCUGUGUGAUAGCCUGCGGGGGGCUGGAUAAUAAAUGCUCUGUGUAUCCACUGUCUCUGGAUAAAAAUGAGAAUUUGGCUGCUAAGAAGAAAUCGGUGGCGAUGCACACCAACUACCUGUCGGCCUGCAGCUUCACCAACUCUGACAUGCAGCUGCUGACCUCCAGUGGUGAUGGUACGUGUGCAUUAUGGGACGUGGAGAGUGGUCAACUGCUGCAGAGUUUCCACGGCCACUCGGCCGACGUGCUGUCGCUCGACUUGGCGCCAUCAGAGACGGGAAACACCUUCGUCUCCGGAGGUUGUGAUAAGAAGGCUAACGUGUGGGACAUGCGCUCAGGCCAGAACAUCCAGUCCUUUGAGACGCAUGAAUCGGACAUCAACAGCGUAAAGUACUAUCCCAGCGGCGAUGCGUUUGCCACCGGCUCGGACGAUGCCACCUGCCGCCUGUACGACCUGCGGGCCGACCGUGAAGUGGCCAUCUACUCCAAAGAGAGCAUCAUCUUCGGCGCCUCCAGUGUGGACUUCUCGCUCAGCGGUCGGCUGCUGUUUGCUGGAUAUAACGACUACAACAUCAACGUAUGGGAUGUUCUAAAGGGCACCAGAGUGGCCAUUCUCUUUGGGCAUGAGAACCGGGUCAGCACUGUGCGAGUGUCGCCUGAUGGCACAGCGUUCUGCUCGGGAUCGUGGGACAACACACUGCGGGUUUGGGCAUGAGGGGAGUCCCCAGAGGAGUUUCGGAGCAAACAAGAGGAAGAGUGUGUCGAACAGCGUACAGAAAAAAAUGACCUCUGGACUUUUUCAUAUCUAUAUAUACAUCUAUACAUCUAUAUAUCUAUAUAUCUAUAUAUAUAGGGGAGUUUUUGUUUAGUUUAAUUUAGCGGAGAUUCUCUCAACAUAGAAUAAAACUAUCCCUAAAGCUGACCACUGAUCACCCAAGUAUCUGUUGUCAUGAUUUUAGACGCGUCGUUGCUGUCAUACUGUAGUGCACAAAAAUGAGUAGAAAUUAUUCAUUUGUAGGAGAUACUGUGGCUCCUAACAACCACCUGGAAGACCCGGUAGACACCAAACCUGCCCCCAUCAGAUAAACAGCACUGAUAGCUUUGAUCGCUGAGAGAGAGGAGAAGAUCAAGCUGCUUCAGAUCUGAAAACAU